AUGAAGCGUGUAACACAAGUGCUACAUCUUCAAUCAAGAUGUAUACGAGGGAGACCAAAGAUCGAGCCUUUUCCAUCACAAAAACCCACGAAAAGCGGCAUUUUGGAUGAGGGGGCCACGUACGCGGACAUGCACAACGCAUACACAGAUGUCGUUCAUGGGGUACCCUACAAGGAAAAGGACAUUCGCUUAGCGUUGGACAAAUCGACAGAAGAAAUUGUUAAAGAAAAGAAUAAAAAGCUAUAUUCCCAAAGAAAGGUUUCUGGAGUGAUCAAUUUUGAUCAUAUACCAAUCGAGGAUCAAUGUGUCCUCUUAUUCCCAGGCCAAGGAGCUCAAUUUGUGGGAAUGGGCAAAAAAGUAUUAAAGUUUGUUUUGGCUUUUAUAUUUGGCUCUUUUUGGUUGUCGAUUGUCAAGAAGCGAAACGGGUUUUCGAAGAAGCGUCAAGGACCGCAAACAAAACUUGAUCAAACCCUAUAUUGUCAGCCAGCCGUUUUCGUGUCCUCGAUUGCCGCAUGGGAAAAGUUAAAGAAAGAAGACGAGGGUGUAUCGACAAUGACCACCGAUGUGGCAGGGUUUAGUGUGGGCGAAUUUGCGGCUCUCGUCGCUGGUGGAAUGCUUCGAUUUGGCGAUGCACUACAAGUUGUAAAGCGCCGAGCCGAGGCAAUGCAUAAAUGCAAUCAACUCAUCUCCGCCGGAAUGGUGACUGUACAAGUGAAAGCGGUAAGUCGUUUGGAAGAUGCGAUGCGAGAUGCUCGAGAAAUUGCAAAAGAAAAACACGAGGUGGCAGUCUGCGAGGUGGCGAAUUUCCUCUUCUGCGGUGUCAAGGUGGUCGGUGCGACGGAGACGUGUCUACGCUUUUUGGAGGAUAAUCAGCAACAAUACAAGUUCAAGAUUCUGAAGCGCCUUCCCGUCUCGGGUGCUUUUCAUACGCCUCUCAUGACAGAUGCUGUACCAGAAGUGGCCGAAGAGUUGAGAAAAGUCGAGCUCUUGACUCCAAUUUGCAAUAUCUACAGUAAUUUCGUGGGCGCGGUGUAUUCUGCGAGAAAGGGGGAAAUUCGCAACGCGAUCGCGAAACAAGUGGUCUCGCCGGUGAAAUGGGAACAAAUUCAGCAGUUGUUGUUUAGAAAACACAAGGACGAGAAAUUCCCGCGUGUAAUCGAGGUUGGACCGGGGAAACAAUUGGGCACGAUGUGGGCGAAAACGAGCAAGAAAGCCCAUGAAAAGUAUGAGCAUUACUCGUGU